AUGCUCCCAGCAAGGCAACUCGCCAAUCUGUCGAGAAGGUGCUUAUCGGUAACACCUUCCUUUAGCAUCCAGUUAACACCACAUCUCGACAAAGGUCACUCAAAAUGGCAAAAUAUCAAACAUAUCAAAGGUAAAAACGAUUUGAUAAAAUCAAAGGCAACUAAUUUACUUCUGAGAAAGGCGAAAGCAGCUAUAUCGAAAGGUGGAUUCGAUUUGAAAGUCAAUAGAGAGCUAGCAUCAGUCGAGACUGAGUUCAAAGCACAGGGUUUAUCCGCUGAUACAUUCAGAAAUUUCUUACAGAAAAUGAAGGAUCGACCGGAAGUAGAAUACACCUUCGAUGUCAUCGGACCUUCAGGAACUUUCUUCAUCGUUGUUGCCGAAACCGACAACAAGAAAGCUUUCGAGAACAUCUUGAGGAAAUAUUUCAAUAAGGUUGGUGGCUUCAGGUUGGCCGCUGAUUCUUCAGGUGUAAGAAGCUGGUUCGAUGAAAAAGGUGUUCUUACCGUCUCACCUGAGAGAGAUGGGAAGCAGUUAAAACUUGAUGAAAUUGAAGAAAUCGGUAUUGAGUUGGAUGUGGAAGAAGUUUCUAUAGUUGAAGAUGACGGGAAAAAAUUCGAAUUAUUGUGUGAACCAGGAAAACUAAUGUCAAUUGAAGCAGAGCUGAGUAAGCAAAAAUUCACCGUUGAAUCAGCCGAAGUUGAAUACAGAGCUAAACACCCUAUACCAGUCCAAGGCGAUGACGCCACAAAAGUUGAAAAGUUCUAUGAAUUGAUUCAGGAAGAUGACAAUACAAAGCAGAUUGCAAAGCUCCCAAGAUUAGAAAUGAAUGACUCGCAAAACGGAUCAACAAAAGUAGAAAUAUCGUCUUCAGAGAUCCAAUACGACUACGAGAAACACUCCACUGCUGCAAAAUACCUGAUCAAGUCUCUUUACCAUGUGUUUGUAUGCAUUCUCCGUGAACGGAAUGCCUUACCUAAAAGUCAUUUUGUUUCUAAACUGCAAGAAGGUCUCGGAGGUUAUACAGGAUUGAAUUAUAAGUAUGAAAUCAAUCGAAUUAUAAUGAAAACCUUUGAAUCUUUGAAAAAUCCAAUCAAGAACAAUUAUCUAAAAAGUUUCAGUUUGACAAUAGGUGGAGAAGAUGAUCCAAACAUCGUAUUUGAAGAAUUCAAAUUUACAAUUGACUAUGGUGUUAUUGAAAAUCUUAAAACCCUCGAUGCACACAAAGUCAAAAGCGAUCUUCGAAAGUUGUUGUGGUCAGUUCGGAUUAUGUGUUAUCAAUUGAAGAAGCUUCCUGAAGACUUGACGCUCAGUUUUCAAGCUGAAUACACACCGGAUUCACCGGAUAAGUAUCAGAUACCUAGGUUUACUCCGUGCCACCCUGUUUCUUCCGGGAAGAUUCUCGAUUCUAUAGGAGUGAAUCUCAAUGAAGAUUAUCACAAAGGUAAAUUAUCAGUUUGGUCGCAGUACGAGAAAAAUAAGCGAAUAAACGUAACCAUAUAA